GAAGAGAGAGGAAAGAAAGAGAGAUGAGGGCAAUAAACAGUGGAUCAUCAUCUGGUGUGGCUAGGCUAUGGAAGUCUCCGAUUCCUUACCUCUUUGGAGGAUUAGCUAUAAUGAUGGCUCUCAUAUCUGUUGCUCUCGUCGUCCUCAUUUGCUCCUACUCAAAGCGUGCUUAUUCUCAAUCUCACUCACCAUCUUCUGCAGGUGAAGACACUGUCACUAAGCAGGCUAUGCCCAAGAACACAGAGACCGAUCAGUCCGAGCCCAAGGUGCUUGUGAUCAUGCCAGGGGAUCACAACCCCACCUACCUCGCUAAACCAACCUCUUCCUCAACUUUUUCCACCUGUGAAGCUGGAUCAACCCAGUGACCAAAUUUCCAACUAGCUGAUUAAUAACUGACAUGCUAGAAACAGCGCAAUUUUGGUUUUGGGAAGGUCGUAUUCCUGUGAUUUUGAGUGCACGGAAUAUGCGAAUCGAUGAGUGAUUCUGCAAUUUUGUUUCUUCAUGGAGGAUCGUUACAAUACAUGUAUUUCUAAGCCGUGACCAUAAAUGCUGCGAUUUUCAUGUUGAGGUUAUAACACCCUGAAUAAACUUGUUCUCAUUGUCGUGCAUA